GCCGUACGGCCGCCGAGCACUCGCCAUGUUGCCGUGACUCGGGCCUCCAGCUCGCAGCCUAAGUGUUGGCGGCUCAGGCCUCGUUCUGGAGCUGUCACCGGAACCGGCGGUGCCUAAUGUGGAAUGAACAUUCCAUGUGACGUAGGCAUGAAUGAAGUGGCCUGGCAGGAGCCCAGAGGAAUAAUGCAUGCGAGCGGCGGGCAGGAACCCCUCGGGGUUGGAAUAGGGAUUGUCCCAUCUGGAGGACCAGCGCCGGGGCCCCUUGGAAGUAACCCCCACGCCAUGCCUCCAGGGGGACCGAGUGCCCACGUGCCUCUGAGUGGCCGUUCUCAGGAUGAUGCCACUGUGGGAUAUUUCUUCCAAAGGCAAGCGGGUGAACAGCUGAACGGCUACUCCAAUAAACACCGCUGGCCCACAGGAGAUAGCAUAGAUCCGUCGGUGCGGCCGGCCGAUGAACUGAAUAAUGACUUCCAAGCACUGGCUCUAGAAUCUCGAGGAAUGGGGGAGCUUUUGCCAGCCAAAAAGUUUUGGGAACCAGACGACUCUGCAAAAGAUGGCGAGAAAGGCAUGUUCCUUGCGGAUGAAUGGCGGGAGAGUGCCUGGGGUGCAUCACAUCACUCUGUGUCGCAGCCCAUCAUGGUGCAGAGGAGACCCGGCCAAAGCUUUCACGGGAACCACGACGUGAACUCCGUCCUGUCCCCCCGAUCGGAAAGCGGGGGGCUCGGCGUCAGCAUGGUGGAAUAUGUCUUGAGUUCCUCGCCCGCCGACAAAAUCGACCCCCGAUUCAGAAAAGGAGCCUAUGAUGGACCUGAAAAGGCCGAGCAGAAAGGGAAAGCGUCCCCGUUUGAGGAAGAAAAGAAACGGGAUCUUAUAUCUGCCGACGCAGAGGACGUGUCCAAGUUAAACGGCCGAGGACUGGCCAAUGGCAUUGAUGCGGAUUGCAAAGAUUUCAACCGCACUCCUGGAAGCCGUCAGGCCUCCCCCACGGAGAUCACCGAUCGCAUUGGGCCAAACUCUGUUGCCGAUGGCCUAGGACAGCUUCAAAACCCCAUGAGCCACAAGCCGCUGACGGAUGAGUUCGCAAGCCCUGAAAGCCAACACAUGGAUGGCAUGGAACAAGUUGGCCUCGAUUCGCUGCAGUUUGACUAUCCGGGCAAUCAGCUUCAGAUGGACUCGGCCGGAGCCGGCGUUGGAUUGUUUGAUUACAAUACCCAGCAGCAGCUGUUCCAGAGACCUAAUACUCUGACCGUACAGCAGUUAACAGCCGCCCAGCAGCAGCAGCAGCAGCAGCAGUACGCACUAGCAGCCGCUCAGCAGUCCCAUAUGGCGGGUAUGUUUUCGGCAGGCCUCGCCCCUGCUGCCUUUAUGCCAAAUCCCUACAUUAUCAGCACGGCUCACCCUGGAGCGGACCCGUAUACGGCAGGCCUGGCUGCUGCAGCGACCUUGGCAGGCCCCACGGUUGUCCCCCCACAAUAUUACGGCGUUCCAUGGGGGGUUUAUCCAGCUGGUUUAUUUCAACAGCAAGCCGCAGCAGGAGCCGCCGCAGCAGCAGCAGCAGCUAAUGGUAACGGCCAGCAGGGGGCGCAGCAGGCCAACCAGGCACAGCAGCAGGUUAUGCGCGCUGCGGGCGGUCAGCGGCCCCUCACACCAAACCAGAGCCAACAAGGACAACAGGCAGAGUCCCUCGCUGCGGCUGCAAAUUCGGCUCUGGCUUUCGGGCAGGGUCUCGCUGCUAACAUGUCAGGCUACCAGGUCCUCGCUCCCACUGCCUAUUAUGAUCAGAAUGGCACCUUGGUGGUCGGCCCUGGAGCCAGAGCUGGGUUAGCAGCCCAGGUGAGAUUAGUGGCAUCAGCGCCUGUUCUAAUCAAUCCUGCGGCUGCACAAGCAGCUGCCGCCGCUGCAUCAGCCUCCGGUGCCAACAACCUCACAGGGGCCGCAAACAACAUCUUCCGGCCCAUGAGCCAUCAGCAGGCACAGCAGCAGCAACAGGCACAGCAGCAAGCCCAGCACAACGGCAGCCUCCACUCCAGCUCGUUCUAUGGGAACGGCAGCCUGUCCGGCAGCGGCCAGGCCAGCUCCCUGUUUUCUCACGGACAGGGCCAGCCGGCCAACGGCUCCCUUGGCUUCGGCAACAACAGCUCUCUUGGGGCAGCCAUAGGCUCUGCCUUCGGGGGAUUUAAUUCAUCAGUUGGCAAUUCGGCGGGUAGUAGUGGUUCUCGGAGAGAUUCCCUGUCUGCUAGCUCAGACUUAUACAAAAGGCCUAGCGGCAGCCUAGCACCUAUAGGGCAGCCUUUUUACAAUAGCCUGGGAUUUUCGUCGUCCGCGAGUCCGAUAGGCAUGCCUCUGCCGAGCCAAACGCCAGGACAUUCACUAACGCCACCGCCAUCCCUUUCAUCGCAUGGAUCCUCAUCCAGUUUGCAUUUAGGCGGACUAACGAACGGCAGCGGGCGCUAUGUUUCCGCGGCUCCUGGAGCCGAAGCCAAGUACCGCACGGCAGCCAGCAAUUCCAGCUUCUUCAGCUCGAGCAGCCAGCUCUUUCCUCCCUCGCGCCUGCGCUACAACCGCUCCGACAUCAUGCCCUCCGGCCGCAGCAGGUUGUUGGAGGAUUUCAGGAACAAUCGCUUCCCGAACCUGCAGCUCAGGGACCUGAUCGGGCACAUCGUUGAAUUUUCACAAGACCAGCAUGGAUCUAGGUUCAUCCAGCAGAAGUUGGAGCGAGCCACCCCAGCGGAGCGGCAGGUCGUCUUCACCGAGAUCCUGCAGGCGGCUUAUCAGCUCAUGACAGAUGUCUUUGGGAACUACGUCAUACAAAAGUUUUUUGAGUUUGGGAGUAUGGAUCAGAAGCUGGCGUUGGCGACACGUAUACGCGGUCAUGUUCUGCCGCUGGCUCUGCAGAUGUACGGCUGUCGUGUUAUUCAGAAGGCGCUGGAGUCCAUUUCUCCCGACCAGCAGAGUGAAAUGGUGAGGGAGCUGGACGGCCAUGUGCUGAAAUGUGUGAAGGAUCAGAAUGGGAAUCACGUGGUGCAGAAGUGCAUUGAGUGUGUCCAGCCCCAGGCACUCCAGUUCAUCAUAGAUGCCUUCAAAGGCCAGGUUUAUGUGCUUUCUACUCAUCCGUACGGCUGCAGAGUGAUCCAGCGCAUUCUGGAACAUUGCACAGCCGAGCAGACCAUGCCCAUUCUGGAGGAGCUACACCAAAGCACAGAGCAGCUCGUGCAGGAUCAGUAUGGGAAUUACGUCAUUCAGCAUGUACUGGAGCAUGGCCGCUCCGAAGACAAGAGCAAGAUCGUGUCGGAAAUAAGGGGAAAGGUUCUCGCUAUGAGCCAACACAAGUUUGCCAGCAAUGUUGUAGAAAAGUGCGUCACCCACUCGACCCGGGCAGAGAGGGCACUGCUGAUCGACGAGGUCUGCUGCCAGAAUGACGGUCCCCAUAGUGCCUUAUACACCAUGAUGAAGGACCAAUACGCCAACUAUGUGGUGCAGAAGAUGAUUGACAUGUCGGAGCCGGCCCAGAGGAAAAUAAUCAUGCACAAGAUCCGACCACAUAUCACAACUUUACGUAAAUACACUUACGGAAAACACAUUCUAGCCAAGCUGGAGAAAUACUACAUAAAGAGCUCCGACCUCGGGCCUAUUGGACCUUCAAACGGAAUGAUCUAGAAAGAAAGGAGAGAAAAAAAAUGAAUCAAACCUCCAGUACCUCCGCUCUGUACCAGAAGAGAGAGAAAUGUCCGUUCCUCUCUCUGUUUUUCUUCCCAUAUAACCUCCGAUUUAAUGCUCACCCGGUUUGGAAUACCGGCCAUAACCGGUCUACCUUCCACUUCUUGGGCCUUGGCUCCGUUCCGCCGACCUCGCGUGGAAGACUUCCCCAAUUGACUAACCAGUUCGAAACAAGAGCCUGUAAAUGAUGUAAUUGUAUCAAGCUGUCACAUAUUAUUUUGUAAAUUUUUACCUUGUAAAGUUUCUGUAAAAAGUGGUAGUUUUUAAAGGGAAAGUACAGUAUUUUUAAUAAACUGGUUGGCCGGUUGGGUUAGUUUUUCUACCAGCGAAGCAUUGACUAUUGACUUGUAAAUACUUUUGUUUUUUCUUCCUCCAUACCCAUUUUUUGUUUU